GGGCGACACUGGAAUUUGGGAAGAACAAGCUACGGAAGGAAUUCCAGGAGUCCGUCUCUACCAUAUAAUGCCUUCAAUCGCUACACGAGAAGGACCCGGCGUUGGAAUCGAGGCAGAGAAACGAGUUCUGGGUCGAAAGGAGCAAAGUUGGGACGAAGUGGGCUGCAGGAGGAAAAUACCCGGUCGGGUGGCAAAAUACCCGACCGGGUAUCUAUCGUUUUGGGCACCCGUGGAACAGAGAGGGGCC